AUGGCUGCAGAAGAGAAGUGGAAAGGUUGGGCUUCGAAACAGCAUAGCGGGGCUGAACAGGCAGGUGAAAAGGAACCGUGUGUGCUUCUGGGCCAGCAGCUGGGUGAACCGGGAAGAUUUGCUUAUGCGGCACUUUGUGGGAUAUCCCUAGCGUGGCUGUUCCCUGAAAAAGAGCAAAGCUCCUUCAGGACGGAAUUCAUUGAGGACUUUGUGAAAUGGCUGGACCUGCCCGAUGCUGUCUUACCUGCCAUGACAGCAUUUGCUAGUGGCUUAGGAGGUGAGGGCACAGAAACUUUUGCCCAGAUUUUGCUGAAGGAUCCCAUCUUGAAAGAAAAUCCAGUUGUCAUUACUCAAGAUCUUCUAUCCUUCUCUCUUAGAGGUGGGUACUACGAUGCCCGAGCCAGGGUAUUGAUCUGCCACAUCACCUGGCUGCUGAGAAUCCCCCUGGAGGAGCUGGAAGUCCUGGAGGAAUCUCUGCUUGAGAGCCUGAAGGAACAAAAAGAGGAAGAGUCAGAGACUGCAGAAGUAUCAAGAAAAAAGAAGGAAAGAAGAAAAAAGCUGAAGAGAUAUCUACUGAUUGGUUUGGCGACUGUUGGGGGUGGAACAGUGAUUGGCUUGACGGGGGGUCUUGCUGCCCCUCUGGUUGCUGCAGGAGCUGCUACUAUCAUUGGAAGCGCUGGAGCAGCUGCUUUAGGUUCGACUGCUGGAAUUGCUGUCAUGGCAUCCCUUUUUGGAGCAGCUGGAGCUGGCCUUACUGGAUACAAGAUGAAGAAGCGUGUGGGAGCCAUAGAAGAGUUUGAAUUCCUCCCACUUACUGAGGGAAAGCAGCUUCACAUCACCAUAGCAAUUACUGGAUGGCUCUGCACUGGCAAAUAUGGAAGCUUCACAGCACCAUGGAGCAGCAUGCUGAAAUCGAGUGAGCAGUACUGUCUGGCCUGGGAAUCCAAGUACUUGAUGGAGCUUGGCAACGCCUUAGAUUCCCUGCUGAAUGGUUUUGUGAACAUGAUGGCUCAAGAAGCCCUAAAAUUCACUGUCUUGUCAGGUAUUGUGACGGCCUUGACUUGGCCAGCUUCACUCUUGACUGUCGCCAGUGUCAUUGACAACCCCUGGGGAGUGUGUCUCCAUCGGUCUGCUGAAGUAGGCAAACACCUAGCACAUAUCCUGCUCAGUCGACAGCAGGGCAAGCGACCUGUCACACUGAUUGGCUUCAGUCUGGGUGCAAGAGUCAUUUACUUCUGCCUGCAGGAAAUGGCUCAAGAAAAAGACUCUCAAGGGAUCAUUGAAGAUGUGGUGUUACUGGGAGCUCCAGUGGAAGGAGAAGCCAAGCACUGGAAAGCUAUCGCAAAAGUGGUGUCGGGCAGGAUCAUAAAUGGUUAUUGCAGGGGGGACUGGCUGCUGAGGUUUGUAUACAGAACCUCUUCUGUCCAGAUCAACGUUGCAGGCCUCCAGCCAGUCGACUUGGAUGACAGGAGGAUGGUAAACAUGGACCUUUCAUCCGUAGUAAAUGGCCACCUGGACUACAUGAAGCAAAUGGACACGAUCCUAAAAGCUGUGGGCAUUAAAACCAAGGAAUGUCGACUGGAAGAGAAGGGCAGUGGCAGUCUUUUCUCUCCUCGAGCCAAGAAAUCACAGCGGGCAGCAGGCAGCGAGACUCGGGAAGAGGAAAACACGGUGCGAGAGGAGGAUGCGGCUGACGGUGAGGCUCUCCCAGCCAGCCACGCUCAGCACCGUGAUUCCCCCAGCUCUCUCUUGGGAGAAACCUCGCUCCCCUGUCCAGACUGUUCCAACAGCGAGGACAGCAAGAAACAGGCAGCGGGCGAAGGAGCGAACUAG